UCACUGGAAAGGCUCUGCUACACUAAACGGAACGGAACCUUAAUUAGGCUCAUUGGUAACACAUGUGUUUACCCUGCUAUUUCCCGUCAACAUGGCUGAUUUUUUUAUCAGAAAGGGCUGAAUUAUAGUGACUAACACUGGGCCAGUCAAGUAAAAGCUUGUAAUAAUAGAAGUCGCCAGCGCUAACUUCAGUUCAGCCUACAUUCGACUAUUGCUAACACUGCAACACGAACAAACGUGUUAAAGCCGCUAUGAUAACGCACUGACCGCUGUGUUACUGGCGAGGGAACAGUGUUUAUAAUGUCAAUAUAAAAUGAGGUUGGGGUUUAAAAUGAGUUACGUUCAAUGAUGAAAAGAUACCAGAGAAGGCAGUUAACAUCCAAACUGUAACGUUAGCCUAGCUAAGGCUAACACGCCGUGGGUGGGUUAUCUGGAUAAUGUAAUGUAACGUUAACCUCGAACAUGCUAACUACAAGUGUCAUUUUGGGAGACUUACCAGCGGUGUUUUGCGGUUCAGGUAUUGGACACAACGAGCGCACACAGCAACUAUCCAGGCUGAACUCAACACUUCCUGUAGGCAGGAGCCUGAUCAGAAAAUAUCAUGGCCGCCAGUGGUGGAGAACCUGCUUCCUUGGGGGAGCCUCAGUAGCGUGUGGAAGAACCAUACACAGCCACAACGGCCUGGCACCUCCUCCUCAUGCUGGUCACCAGCCUGGUCACACACUGCUGUGGGAUGGCAUCCCAUUCUUCAACCAGUAUCUGUCGCAAGUCAGCCAACGUGGUUGUGUUGGUCACUCUGGCACGAACAGCACGCCCAAGCUGAUCCCACAAGUGUUCAAUGGGGUUGAGGUCAGGACUGCUGGCAGGCCAUUCCAUCCUCUCCACUCCCACAUUCUGGAGGUAGUCUCUGAUAAACCCCGCCCUGUGGGGGCGAGCGUUGUCAUCUUGGAGGAUAGCGUUCAGUCCCAGACUGUGGAGAUAUGGGAUUGCCACUGGUUGCAGAAUCUCAUCUCUAUAGCCCUCUGCAUUGAGACCCUAACCCAUCACACGGCCUCCACCAAAAGAUGUUAUUCUAUCGGUGCAGCAAUCAGCAUAGCGUUCUCCGCGUCUUCUCCACACUUUGACCCAUGAUCCAACUGCCGUAGGCAGAAUCUGGACUCAUCACUGAACAUAACGUUCCUCCACAUGUUCAGGUUCCAGUGCACGUGUUGCUGACAUCAGCGCAAACGGGCCUGACGAUGAAGGGCAGUCAUGGCAGGACUCCUGGCAGCCCUAUGAGACCGGAGUUUGGCUGCGUGUAGUCUGUUCCAGAUUGUCUGGGCAGAGAACCGUCGGCCAUAUUGUCCUGCAAACCUUGACUGCAAAUCUGUAGAAAACAGCCUACGGCACCUAAGUGCUGACAGGGUGAGGAAAUGGUCUUCUUGGGGUGUCAUCUUCUUGGGACACCCACUUCACGGCCUGUCUUUGACAUCCAGCGUUAUAUGGAACUGGGCCCUCAGUUUGGAGAUGGCUCUAGGGCUCACUCCAAAUAAUACCGCAACUUGGUUUUGCGGAACACCAGCUUGAAGUUGCCCUAUCGCAAGGGCCCUAUCCAGAUCAGUCAAACGUGGCAUGCCGAUUCUUGGAGCAGACACUUACUGACUGUAGCUGUACUUACAGUAGUAGGGCCCUUGCUCGCAGGCACCUGAUUGGGAGCACCUGGGGGUACCAGAAGCUCAAAACAAGUGUCAAUAGCAACAGCAAAAUAAGCUGUUUGGCACUGGCAGAAAAGAUUUGGCAAAUUUUUCAUGGGCACAACCCACAUACUCAGCGCUGCUGCUCAUGCCACAAAUGCAUGUUCCUUACAAAUGGGGCACCAUUUGAAAGGGAACUAGACAGGCUUUCCAACGGUAUAA